AUGGGAACAGCCACAACCAUGGGGAAGAUCACGUUUUACGAGGACAGGAACUUCCAGGGCCGUAACUAUGAGUGCAGCAGUGAGUGUUCGGACUUGCACUCUCACUUCAGCCGCUGUAACUCCAUCAGGGUGGACUCUGGAGCCUGGAUGGUCUACGAGCGCCCCAACUACAACGGGUACCAGUACUACCUCCGCCGCGGGGAGUACCCCGACUACCAGCGCUGGAUGGGCUUCAACGACUGUGUGCGCUCCUGCCGCAUGAUCCCCAGCAACAAUCAGCAGCAGGGCUCCCAUCGGAUGCAGAUUUACGAGCGCCCUGAGUUCGGGGGUCAGAUGAUGGAGCUGACCGACGACUGCCCCUCUCUGUACGACCGCUUCCACUUUAACGACAUCCACUCAUGCAACGUGACAGAGGGCAGCUGGAUCCUGUAUGAGCACCCGCACUACAGGGGGCGCCAGUACUUUAUGGGCCCAGGACAGUACCGUCGCUUCAACGAGUGGGGAGGAGUCAGCCCCCGCGUCGGCUCCAUCCGCAGGGUCAUGUAG